AUGACGGAAUCCUACCUCUUUCAUGUCAGCCGCUCUGAGGAUGCAGCAAAUGGAUCGUACUUGUCCUCUCGAGGAGCUCAAGCGCUGUCUGUCAGUGUUGUUUUCACCACGCUGGCAACCCUCUUUGUCAGCGCUCGCAUUUAUACUCGAAAAACCUUGAUGAAUCGCAUGGAACCCAACGAUUGGAUGAUCUUGAUCGCCUUGGUCUUAUCAUUUGUCUUCAUGGCGUUGUUCACUGUGGAGGCUCUAAAUGGGAUGGGAAUGCGUCAAGUAGACAUCCCGCCUCUCAUUCUCGAGAAGCAAAUGAAGGCCUUCUGGCUUACCAUCCCCUUCUACAACGCCGCCUUGCUUUGCGCCAAGGCCUCGAUUCUGAUGCAGUACUUCCGUGUCUUUCCAACCAGACGGAUGCGACGCAUCUGCUGGCUCAUGAUUGCCGUGUUGGCUACGUACGGGACCUGGGCUGUUCUGAGUGCUUUCCUCAAUUGCGUCCCCGUGGCCAAGUUCUGGGACCCAUCGAUCCCGGGGUUCUGUCUGAGCUCGGAGGGUCUGUGGUUCUCCAAUGCAUCGAUGCAUAUCACCACCGACCUAGUCAUCCUCAUCAUCCCGAUCCCAGCGCUGAUGGCACUGGAGCUACCGAAAAAACAGAAGAUUGCGCUGAUUUCAAUCUUCGCAAUAGGCGGAUUUGUGUGUGUCACCAGCAUCUGCCGCCUAGUUGCCCUCAAGAAGAUCGCCGACUCCUCUGAUCCCACCUACGACAACGUCGGCGCCGCCUCCUGGUCUGCCAUCGAAUGCAACACCGGAAUCAUCUGCGCCUGCCUCCCGACGCUCCGCCCGCUGGUCUCGCGCAUCCUGCCGCAUCUCCUCUCGACCCUCAGCGGCGGCCGUCAAGCCUACGGCACGUCGCCCCUGUCCGGCGCCCAGGCGCCCACCUACUGGAACGGCACCGGCGCCACCGUCACCACGACCAUCACCACCCACCUCGACGACCUCGAGUACGCCCACUGCGCCGGCGACGCCGACCGCUACCUCACCUUGGUGCCCGGCAACGACGUCAACGGCCAGGGCAAGCUCAUGGUCCGCGAGACCCAUCACCCCGCCGGAGGAGGAGGAGGAGGAGGCGCGGGGGACUUGAAGGAAGCGUUGGCCCGCGAAGAGCAGCGAGGAGACAGUUCGUCCUCCUCGUCGCCGCCCCGCGGAGCCGGGAUUCUUCUCGGAUAA